AUGGCUGAUCUUGUGUUUUCUCUUGCAGAGAUUGAAAGGGUCCAGAAAGGUGAACCUAAAAAAGAGUCUGAGACGUAUCUGGAUCUGUUCACCGCCAAGAACGUGAGGGUGAAGGAGAGAGUGCUCAUUCCCGUGAAGCAGUACCCUCGAUUCAAUUUUGUGGGAAAGAUUCUGGGGCCACAGGGCAGCACUAUCAAACGUCUGCAGGAGGACACCGGGGCGAAGAUCUCAGUGCUGGGCAAAGGAUCCAUGAGAGAUAAGAACAAGGAAGAGGAGCUGAGGAAGGGUGGAGAUCUGAAGUAUGCACACUUGGCCAUGGAGCUGCAUGUGCACAUCGAGGUUUUUGCUCCAAUUCCUGAUUGUUACCUGCGUAUGGCUCAUGCCAUGGAUGAGGUCAAGAAGUUCCUAAUGCCUGUGGAAGGGCUUGAGGAUAUGCACCCGGAUGCAUUCAUGGAUCCAGGGUUUCUGAAUGGUUCUCAGGAUAUUUCUGGCAGAGGCCGAGGCCGUGGUGGACCACCCCCAAUGGGCCCUAGGGGUCGUGGUAUGCCGCCUCGUGGAGGACCACGUGGAGGAGGUCCAAGAGGAGGUCCAGGCCGUGGAGCUGCAGCGAGGGGAGCCCCCGCCGGAAGAGGUGGUCCUCCACCCCCAACAUCAGCCAGAGGAGGAGCAGCCUCUCGGUCAAGACCACCAGCCCAAACUCAGAGGAUGACACCAGCAACCGCUCUCUCCCACCAACAGCAUCCAUCCAAACCGGAAAGCUACGGCGAAUAUGCAUAUGAACAACCAUACGCAGAGCCUUCCUAUGAAGGGUAUGAGGGCUACUACAGUCAGCCUGCUCCACAGCCAGACACAGAGUAUUAUGAUUACGGUCACGGAGAGGCACAAGAAACUUACGAGUCUUACACUGAAGAUGACUGGGAUGGUGGUGCUUGGGGCGGCACCGGUGGAAAGGCUCCGACUGCCCGACCGGGCAAAUCGUAUCGGGAGCAUCCAUAUGGCAGAUACUGAGAGCAGUCCGUCACGACGGUUGCCUGGCAACUUCCUCCCCUCGUAACCUCUUGUAACCAC